GUAAGCAACGGGUCCAGAAGUGAGGUGCCUUUUUCUGCCUUAGAUGGUAUCGAAGUAGAAAGUUGGAAACUGGCGAUAUAUGAUCGAAAAUUGUGAUUAGAAUGAAUGGAACAGCAUAUUCAAACUUUGACAAUCAAGAACACGUUCUCAAACUAGGCGAAACUUUUGAGAAACAACCUAAAAGUGCAUUCCACACGGUACGAUAUGAUUUCAAACCAGCCUCCAUAGACACUACAUGUGAGGGAGAGCUUGAAGUGGGCAAGGGAGAGCAAGUUACAAUCACACUGCCUAACUUGGAGGGAUCCACAGCUCCUGUUACAAUAUUCAAAGGGUCCAAAAGGCCUUAUAUGAAAGAAUGUAUUCUCAUUGUUAACCAUGACACAGGAGAGUAUCGCCUGGAGAAACUCAGCAGUAACCUUGCAGUCAAGAAGACCAGGGCUGAGGGAAGCAGUAAGAUUCAGUCACGUCUGGAGCAGCAAACUAGCCGGCUUAGUCAGCAGAUGAAGACUGGCAGCGGAAACAGGGCUCCAUCCAGCACCAAGAACUCCCCUCCUAAAGAGAAAAUGUCUCCGUCGUCCCCCAUGGAUGAUAUUGAACGAGAGCUCAUGGCUGAGGCACGUGUCAUGGAUCAGAUGAGCAGUGGAGACAGCUCCUCUGAUUCCCACAGUUCUUCAUCAUCCAGUAGCGAGGACAGCUCCAGCAGCAGCGACUCGGAGGAUGAGGGCCGUCCAACGCCUGGUGGAGCCCCAGUCCCCCCUCACAGCACAUCAGCACUCGCUACACCUCAAAGUCGUGUGGAGGAAAACAGUGGGAAUUUCAUAAACACACUUAAGAAUGAUCUCCAGCUGAGUGAGUCUGGGAGUGAAAGUGAUGAUGACUGACCACAUUGACAAAGUAUUGGACAACCUUCUUGACCUGGAUUAGAUGCUGAAAAUGUCCAGGAGGUCAGGAUUUAUCUGUUCACAAGUUAAAACUUCAUGUGGUAAUGAAGUUAAUUAAAAAUGUUCUAUCUCCCAGUUUCUUAAACAGUAAUACUUGCAUCAGCACAAGCUAUGCUGUGUGAUUGGAUACAAAGCAGGGGUAUUUGCUGUAUUAGUAAAUUAAGAUAAAGUAUUUAUUUAGUUGAGAAUGCUACUGCAUUGAUGUUAGUUUUAUAGUUAUAUCCUAUAGUUGCUUCAUCUGAAGUUCUAGUAACAUAUAUGUUUAGAAAGAUCAUCCUCUUAGUUAAGAUAUGGCACAUGAUCAUCAUGAAAUGUCUCUUACAGUCUUAAGGAGCACCAGUGCAGUACCAAAAUUGAUCUGUGUGCUAUCAACGUGCCAAGCUCAGCAAUCUGAGAUAUUACCUGACCUGCAAUACUUGAAUUUGUCUUGUGCCUUGUUUAUAAGGUGUAUUUUAAGUAUCCUUCAUAUUGCUAAUAAAUGGGGUUUCUCAUGCAUUUAAAGGGAUAGUUAACCCCAAAAUGAAAAUCCUCUCAUAAUUUACUCACCCUCAUGCCAUCCCAGAUGUGUAUGACAUUCUUUCUUCUGCUGAACCCAAACUUUUUUAGAAAAAUAUCUCUGCUCUGUAGGUCCAUACAAUGCAAGUGAAUGUUGAACAAAACUUUGAAGCUAAAAAAGCAUAUAAAGGUAGCAUAAAAGUAACCAUUGGUUAAAUCCAGGUAUCCUGAAAUGAUGUGAUCAGUGUGGGUGAGAAACAGAUCAAUAUUUAAGUCCUUUUUUACUAUAAAUUCUCCUCCCUACCCAGUAGUUGGCAAUAUGCAUGAAGAAUGUGAAUUGCCAAAAACAGAAGAAAGUGGAGAUUUAUUGUAAAAAAGGACUUCAAUAUUGAUUUGUUUCUAACCCACACCAUUCACGCUUCUGAAGGUAUGGAUUUAACCACUGGAGUCUUAUGGAUUACUUUUAUGCUGCCUUAAUAUGCUUUUUGGACCUUCAAAGUUCUGGCCACCUUUCACUUGCAUUGAAUGGACCUACAGAGCUGAGAAACGUUUCUAGAAAUCUUCGUUUGUGUUCAGCAGAAGUAAGUAAGUCAUUCACAUCUGGGAUGGCAUGAGGGUGAGUAAAUGAUGAGAGAAUUUUCAUUUUUGGUGAACAAUUUUUAUAGAAUUUUGCUUUGAUUUCUUAAGAUGUAAUCUUCACAUAGAGUUACAAACCUGUGUUGUGUGUGUCCUACUGUAUGCCUUUGGCAGGCUGAAGAGCAAUGCUCACACUAAAAGGAUGUUAGCCAGCUCUUCUUUAGCCCUAUUUGCAAAAUAUGAUGUGCCAUCCUAUGUGAAAUAGCAUACUAUAUGCCUUACAUACUUGCAUAUACCUGCUAUAUCACAUAGGAUGGCACAUAAUAUUGUUGCUAUUGUUUUAAUGUUGGAUCAUUAAAAUUGUGUGGAGAUCAAUAAAGAUGUUUUAAGUAAUUAUAAUGCUAUUGGCAGUGAACAUUUGUGCAGCCAAAUAUGUUAACCUAGUUUGUUGUCAUAGCGUAAUUCAUUUGAUCUAGUCCAAGAUUCUGCUAAAACUGUACCUACCCAAAAUACCUCGUUACCACUGAUAUUUUUGCUUCAAUAAAACCGUGAUAGC